CAGGUGCUAAAUUCACUAUACCGGUGCCUAGGUAAGGUACCUAUCUAACCCCACCAAAGCAGCCAGCGAGCACCUGUACUAUGUAGCCCCGCGAGGCUGAGGCGCCCCGUUGAAAUUUCCAAAACCUCUUAUUAAACACAGCUCACGUCACAACCCUUGUAGUACCACGCUUCGAGAAUCCCUCGCGAACAGUCAGUCAAUUCCAGGAUGGCCACACAGAGCUCCCUCACGCUCUCGAGCGCCACCUUCGCCAAGCUAUCCCCGCAUCCAUAUCUCCUCGCAAACCUCCAGCCUUCAGACACUAGCACGCCAUCAUCCCGCACAAACGGCCGCCAGCCAACGCAAGCCAGACCACCCGCCAUCAACACUUCUUCCCUCACACAUGCCCAUGGAAGCGCGGUAGUGCGCACGGGCGACACAACCGUCAUAUGUGGCGUACGAGGCGAGACCUUGACAACAUCGCAAAUUCCAAACUAUCGGUCCUCGCCCUCCAGCACGGCAAGCGGCGCAGACGAGCUCCGCGACUACGAUCUCCUCGUGCCCAACAUCGAGCUAGCCACAGGCUGUGCGCCGAACUUUCUCCCAGGCGUACCCCCCACAACUUUAGCACAGACACUGAGCACACGCGUCUAUUCGCUCCUGCACAACUCCGGUGUUCUGAACGCCGAAGAUCUGCGGAUAUAUCACGAGCGGAACGACGAUGACGCAGCGGGAGAAGGGAAUGACGAUGACGAGAGCAUGCAAGAUGCCACGGACGGAGAAGAUAUAGACGCCCCCGCGCGGAAAGUCAUGGCCUACUGGGUGUUGUACAUCGACCUCCUCUUCAUCUCGCUUGACGGAAACCCGUUCGACGCCGCCUGGGCAGCCGUGCUCGCGGCGCUGCGUGACACGAAGCUACCACGCGCGCGCUGGGAUGCUGAUCGCGAAAUAGUCCUGUGCUCGCGCAGCGAAGCCCCCCUCCCACUCUCCGUGUCCGGACUUCCCGUGGCGUGCACCACGGCGGUAUUCACGGCCAAGGAGCGACUGAAGCAAUUCCAAAGCCGGAAUACGGGCGGCGAGAAGGGUGCGUUCUGGAUCUUGGUUGACCCGGACCGGUUCGAGGAGUCCCUGUGCGACGAGACUGUGACGGUCGUGGUGGAUUGCUCUGCCGAAGGCGAGGACACCAAGAUCUUGGGUAUAUCGAAGAGUGGCGGCACCGUCGUCGGAGCUGACGUUCUAGGGAGAUUUGUGCAGGUUGCUGAAGGUAGAUGGCGGGAGUUCAGGAAUGCGCUUACUUGACGCGUUUUGCAUACAUUUGCAUAUAAUGAAGAUAGAUGUAAUGAGAAAUAAUGAUACCCAUUUUGCUCAUUUCUUUCCUAUAACUAUACUAGCUGCUUUUCUCCCUAUUAAAGUACGCAAUGCUCUUACUUACUUCUCAGCAC